CUAGAAAUUGCUCAGCCCUCUACUGUUCCCGGUACGCUGCCCAGAAUGCCUCCUAGCCGGUUCGAGCCGUCCUCCAUCAAGAACAAAGUCAAGCGCGAGGAGAUUGCGCGCAAGCAGAAGAAGGAGAAGCGGCAGGGCAAGCUGCAGCGGAGGCUUGCACAAGCGAAAGCAGAGGCCGAUGAUCCCCUUUUAAAGAAAAAACGUCUUACUCAAAAUGUGCCCCGCACGCUCGACAACACUCGCGAAUAUGACCCUUCCAUGCUCACCGCGAAUCCGAAUGCCGAACCUGAAGCGGGACCGUCUAGUCUCCCGCAGGAAGGAGAGGAAACGGACCAACCAGUCGUUCAGCCUGAAGACGAGUCCGCGGCCGAUAUUGCUGCCGACCCGUUCGCCGAGUACUUCUCUGGUGCCCUUGACCCGAGCACCCCACCAAAAGUCCUCAUCACGACCUCGCCAAAAGCAACCCGCUUGACAUAUGACUUCUGCGACGAGCUCGUCGGGGUGUUCCCGGGAGCGGAGUUCAUCAGGAGGAAGAAGGGCAAGGGUUUCGAGAUGGGGAGGAUUGCCGGUUGGGCUGCGAACCGCGACUACUCCCACCUCGUUGUGGUCAACGAAGAUAUGAAGAAGCCAAAUGCUCUGACGGUCGUUCACCUCCCUGAGGGACCCACCGCCUACUUCAAGCUCACGUCUAUUGAGCUUUCCCAACAGAUCUCGGGCCAUGCGCGUUCGACGGCCCAUUUCCCCGAGCUCGUUCUGAACGGGUUUGUUACCCGCCUCGGCCACACCGUCGGCCGCCUCUUCCAGACAUUCUUUCCUCCUAUGCCGGAGUUCCAGGGCCGGCAAGUCGUGACAUUGCACAAUCAGCGAGAUUUUCUCUUCUUUAGGCGACAUCGAUACGCAUUCCGGUCUACAGAAAAGGUGGCACUGCAAGAGAUCGGGCCCCGAUUCACGCUGAAAUUACGGUACCUCAAGAAGGGGCUUCCUGCGGUUAAGAACCUGGGCGCCCCCAGCAAACCCUUGGAGUUCGACACUGGCGAGGAUGAGGAAGCCGAGCGGAAGGAUGCGCCCGAGGAAGGUAUGGCGAUAGACGGAGAGUCGGAAGCUGGCAAGAAGAAGGUCCUCCCUCCGACUGAUGAUGAGUACCUAUGGAUAUGGAAGCCGGAGCUGGAGACUACAAGACGGACAUUCUUCUUGUAGGUCCGUCGUUUAUGUUGACGUCCUAGUUGUAUAUCAUGUCUAUCGUAUCGGACUGCCUCAGCUGCACCUCUGAGUGUUCGGUCAAGGCACCCUCUUCGC